CACUAUAUAUAAAAACCUUGUAUUCUAUGAUCAUUCUAUUUCACCUUUCUCUCACCACCUACACUUUCAUAUCUUCCUAAAAUUCCCUUUUCAUCAUUCAUAUUCGUCAUCAUCGAUUCCUUGCAUCACAUAUAUUUUCUGUUUGUUUCUUUUUAAUUACUUGGUGAACUCAUGAGCUUCUGGGAUUCUUGAUUCUGCAAAUUUAAGUUAAAUUCAUGCAAAGAGAAUUAUCAAGAAAUUCAAGAUUUUGAAUAUGAAAGGUGAUAGCUUCACAGUUGAUAUGGAACCUUUCUCUCAUCUCAGCAACAAAGAUCUCACCCUAAGUUCAAGAAUUAUUAGGAGUCCAUCAAGAAAAGAGUCGCAAAAGGAGACUGAUAAGAAGAUGAAUUCGAAAUGUGUAAUGGAUGACGGAGAUGCUAUCCAUUUAAAUAAAGGUUCUCCAACUUCUUUAAUGGCGGGAGCCAUGCCAGAAAAGCUGAUGCUGCUGGAUCAGACCACCGACCACACCAACAGUCCACAAGUCCACCAUCAAAUUACAAUCAUGACCAGUGGCACCAACCCGACCACCACCGCGGCCGCCACAACCAAAACGCCUGGGACACCAACCAAAAGCAGUGUUUCUUGGAAAAGAUCAAGAAGUUUCAAGCAAUCAUCCAUAAUCAACCCUAGAAGACUCCUCAUGUUCUUUGCCACCUUGUCAAGUAUGGGAACCGUCCUGCUGAUAUGCCUAACACUCUCCAUGUCAAGAUACACUGAAGAUGACAACUCGCACGCCUAAAUCUAACAGACCAUUAGUAGUGUGUAUGAGUGCUGGCUGUUUUUUGCUUUUUCAUCUCUCGGCUACCUUUGUUUAUAGAAAAAGGUUAAAGGGCACUAUGAAUAAGAUGUUGGAAGAAUCUUAUUAAAAGUAUGGAAGAGAUUGAGUAAAAAAAUACAUGGUUAGAAUACCUUUAAUUUGUGGCCAGAAAUUGCAAUAUUUUCUGUUCCUCCAACCUUUGUGUACAUCCGUUUAUGCUUUAUGAGUAUGCAGUAUAGUUUGUGGCUCUC